CAGAUUUUCUACUACCACGCGGUACCAACAUGGCGGCAGGUCGGGUAGAUUCCGAGAGUAGAAAAAGCCGCGAUAGUGAAUCGCAUAUUGAAGAUGAAGAAAUAGAAGUAGAAGAAGAAGAACCUAAUUUUAGCGAUCCAGAAGACUUUGUCGAUGACGUUACAGAUGAAGAAUUACUUGGAGAUGUCCUGCGAAAAAGACCCAAGCCAUCUGACAGUGUUGACUCAGUUAUUAUAGUUGACUGUAUUCCCAAAGUAGGGAAAGAAAGAUUAGACAAAUUAAAAAAUGUGAUUAAAAAGCUGUUUUCAAAAUUUGGGACAGUUGUGAAUGCCUUUUAUCCUCUUGAUGAUGAAGGAAAUACAAAAGGUUACAUGUUUCUUGAGUUUUCUUCACCCCAGAAUGCUCAUGAAGCUGUUAAAAUGACUAAUGGCUAUAAGCUUGAUAAGCAGCAUUCUUUCAAAGUGAACCAUUUUUCAGAUUUUGAAAAAUACAUCAAUGUUCCUGAUGAAUGGACACCACCUGAUCCAAAGCCUUAUCAAGACUUGGGUAAUCUACGAAGCUGGCUUCAAAACAAAGAGAGUUAUGAUCAGUUCAGUGUUAUUUAUGGUGAAGGGGAAAAAACUGCCAUCUUUCUAAACACACCAGAACCUUCUAUGGUUGAAGAAAGAGCUAGAUGGACAGAGACUUAUGUGCGUUGGUCACCUCAAGGAACAUACCUUGCCACAUUUCAUGUCAAAGGUAUUGCUUUAUGGGGUGGCCCAAAGUUUUCACAGAUAAUGAGAUUUAGUCAUCCUGGUGUACAACUGAUUGACUUCUCCCCUUGUGAAAAGUAUUUAGUUACUUUUAGUCCAUUACAAGACAACCAUGAGGAUCCACAGGCAAUUAUCAUUUGGGAUAUACGUUCUGGAGCAAAAAAAAGAGGCUUUCAUUGUGAAAGCAGAAGUACCUGGCCUAUAUUUAAGUGGAAUCAAAAUGGAAAUUACUUUGCUAGAAUUGGUGAAGAAGCUAUUAGUAUUUAUGAAACACCGUCUUUUGGUUUACUAGACAAGAAAAGUUUAAAAAUCCCAGCAGUAAGAGAUUUUUCUUGGUCUCCAACUGAUGACAUUAUUGCAUAUUGGGUCCCAGAACAAUCAAAUACACCAGCAAGGGUCACACUCAUAGAGAUACCAAGUAGGAAUGAACUUUGUGUUAGAAACUUGUUUAAUGUUGCAGAUUGUAAAAUGCAUUGGCAAAAGAGUGGUGAUUAUCUCUGUGUCAAAGUUGAUCGUUAUAAAACUAAGAAGACUGAUGACAAGGAUCAAAUUAAAUACAGUGGCAUAUACUACAACUUUGAGUUAUUCCGCAUUAGAGAGAAACAAAUUCCUGUUGACAAAGUUGAAGAGAAAGACCCUGUUUUAGCAUUUGCAUGGGAGCCUAUUGGCAAUAAGUUUGCUUAUAUACAUGGUGAAGCACCAAGAAUUAAUGUUACUUUUUAUAAUAUUCAACCCAAGGGAAAAGUUGAGCUCUUGAAAACAUUUGAAAAAAGGUCAGCAAAUCAUCUUUUCUGGAGUCCUAAUGGUCAGUUUAUUGUGUUGGCUGGCCUUAGAAGCAUGAACGGAGUAUUAGAGUUCAUUGAUACACAAGAUAUGACUGUGAUGACUCAGACUGAACACUUUAUGGCCACUGAUGUGGAAUGGGAUCCUACAGGCAGAUAUGUAGUUUCUGCUGUUAGUUGGUGGGGACACAAGGUAGAUAAUGGCUAUUGGCUAUGGAAUUUCCAAGGAAUACUUCAGCAUAAACAACCACUGGAAAAAUUUUGCCAACUGCAGUGGCGUCCUCGUCCACCAUCUUUGCUAAGUGAAAAUAGAGUCAAGGAAAUUAAAAAGAAUUUCAAAACUUGGGCUCAAAAGUUUGAACAAGAGGACAGUAUGAGAAAAAUGACGGCCUCUAAGGAUAUGCUUGAGAAGAGAAGAAAACUUAUGGAGGAUUUCAGAGAAUAUAGAAGUCAGAAAGAUAAAGAAUUUGCUGAAAUGAAAGAAAUUCGACUACAGCUUCGUUCAGGCAUUGAUACUGAUGAAUUGCACAACCAAGAGGAUAACUUCACUGAAGAAAUAAUUGAAUUUCUAAUUAAAGCUGAAGAAAAAAUUGUGGAAGAGUAGUUGGCCUGAUUUCUUGAGUGUUUGUUUUUUGUGUACACAUAGUGUACAUAACAAAACCUGACUGCCCACCUGCCUCAAACCAACCUCUGCACAGCCUGUUAUUGUACAGGAGGCAUUCUCACUUGGACCCUUAAUCAAUCAAAUCAGCUCUUAUAGAGACAAUUAUUCUCCAUCUUUUAAUUUGACUUGGGAUAUACUUUUAAUGUGUAUUGUAUGUGAAUAGUGUUUUGUGAUAGUCAUUAUUCUUUAUUCUACUACUCACUUUCUUAGGUGUAUGGUAUACUCAUUUUUGAUGGUUGCUGUGUCAGUAAUAAAGAAUUUCUGUUUAGCUAAUUUACAAAAUUGUUUUAUUUUCAUUAUGUCUAUCUCAUUAAACCUUAUUUUAAUAGUAGGUUAUUUUUCAGGUCUAUUUCCUGUUCCUUAUAGAUUACAUCCUUUCUAACAGGCUUUGGUUAAUUUAUGCUGUCUUUUUAACGUGUUUGAUUAAUAAAAUUAUACAAGAA